UAUUUAAUGGGCGACUACCCUAAUAAAAAUACUUUUAAUCUAAAUCUUUCUUAAAACUAUUUCUGUUGACACCAAUAGUGAAACAAUUCACGUAACUUGUGUGUAGGUUAUUUAAAUUUGGCUCGAAAAGGGUCACAAUCAUCCUCUUCAAAAAUAUAUUCAAACUAAAAAAUGGAAGAGAUAACAGUAGGGUGGUUUUUUAUGUACAAGAAAUUAUUGCCAUUUUGAAUGACUAUUCAGUUCACACCGUUUACUGUUUCUGUAUUGUGAAACAUUUCAAUGUUUACCAGCAGAAAAGUAAUUAAACUGAUAAAUUAAGCUCAUGAAAGUUUAAAAACUUAAAAAAAAAAUUCCUAAUAUUCGCCAUAGUUAUAAGCGAUUCGAGCGAUUCGUGUGUGUGCCGAAUUUUGUAAAUCCGUCCAGUCGUUUCUAACUUCAAAAAAUAAAGGCAUAUUGCAUAUCUACAGGCCAAACAUUUAAUUUCAACAGUUCAUUUUUGAGAUUCGAACAAACCGUGCAUAUCUGAUGACCUUCACAAAAAAUGCUCAUUAUACAUAUAUAUUCAGUUAGAUAGAUAUGACGAAAAGGUGGCAACCCUAAUAAAAAAUAAUUUCAAACUAAAGCUUUCUUGAAACAUUCCUUUGGCACUCACAUCUUAGUAGUUCAUAUAACUUGUGUAUAUUUUAAUUAAAUUCGACAAGCAGAUGGCAGCUCUCUUCAAAAUAUUUUCAAACCAAACCAUUAUAAUCUUUCGUCUGACAUUGUAAUGCAUAAUUCCGUCAAGUUGAAUUAGACUUUUUAAACAGGUGGCAGCUCUCCCGCAUGUAGUUUAGAAAUAAAGCCCUUUCAAACCAAUUUCGGCUGAGAGAAAUAUUGUGACAAUUAAUUUAACUUAUUAAAUAAUUUCAAUAUAGCUUUCAACAGGUGGCAAACCCUUUUCAAUACUAUAAGAUGUGGUUGUAUAUCUACAGACCAAAGUCCCUUAAUUUGAAAUCUAAUAUGUAUAUACAGAAGAUUGUUCCUGAAAGCCAGGUAGCUCCCAAAUUAAAAAAAAAAAUGUACUGAACUCCGCUGAUCUCUAACCGAGCUGCCAUACGGACAAAUUGUUAAACCGCAAAUACUCACGAUCUUAGUUUUAUAGCCCAAUUCUGUAUCGGUGACAAAAGUUUUUUUUAUUGACAAAUUUAAACUUUUUCAUACAUUUUUCCGUAAAAGUAAAUUGUGACAAGAAUUGAUACACUGACACAGAGUACAGAAUAGAGCCGUUAGUCUCGCAGGAUUGACACGUAUCUUAUUUGUUUCGCUGUUAUUGAAAACUUGUACUCAAUAGUAAAAGCAUAAAAUAAGGCAUAGAUAGUACAGUAAAACCUUGAUAUAACGAAGUUGAAGAGGUUGGGCAAAUGCUUCAUUUCACCUAUAGUUUCGGUAUAUUUAUAGAAUAUGAAAACCUGAGUUCGUGUUUUUAUUUAUAACGGGACUCCCACAGUCAACGUAUUCAGAAUUCGUUAUGUAGAGGCUUUUGAGUCUAACGGAACUUCAAUCGUCAAUAUAUUCCGAAAGAUCUCAGGCUCCAAACUUCGUCGCUAUAUCUAUGAAGCAUUUUUGUAUGGAAAAUAUCGCAACAAUUAGGUUUUUUUUCUGGGGACGCAGCAAACAUUUUGUUAUAUAGAAUUUUUCGUUUUAGCAAGAUUCGUUACAUCGAGGUUUCACUGUAAAUAAUUCAAGUUAUGAAUCACCUAUUACGAUGGUCAAGAAUCCGAGAGAAACCUCAGACUAGGUAAACUCAACUACGAAAUUUUGGACUUCAACAAAGAUUUUACUAGACUAGAGUAUGAAGUAGAUACCUUCUGAACAAAUUCGCCAUCUUUUAACGUCGAAAAUAAUCCCUCCGAGAUUUCAAUAGUUAGCAGACUGGGCCGGAUUAACUCUACUCGAAAUCACACGAAACUUAACUGCAUUCGAUAACGGGAACGCUUCGAAAAUUUAAAUUGUAUUAUUUAUCCCGGAAGGGGGGCUGCUAUGCUGACUAAGCAUUCUCUCUUAUUAUGCAUGACCUUCUUUCUCUGCUAUUUGGGGCUGGAGCGUUUGCGUUCAUUCCCAGUCGCAGCGGCAAAUAUUUUUUGUCACUGUUCUAUGCCUAUGUAUAUCCCCGUGAAGUUCAUACAACUCAUUGUUCCAUGAAAUUACUAUUUGUUUUAAAACAAAAUUAAUAAAUGAAUUAUUGGCGCGCAAACGUUUGCUGUGCUUGGUUGCGCUUCUUCUGCGAUUUGUGGUGUGCGACUUGAUGCUGUCACACAAGGAGUAGGGACCUACAGUUUCACGCCGCUUCCGAACGGUGAUUAUAUCUUUAUGAGAAGCUGCUUUUAUGGCGGGAAUACACACGGAAAUUUUUCAUUGCCGAGGGGUGACCGCUAUUAGACUUUUUGGUUUAUUUUGGAUGUUACUCGUACCAGAGUCGAACCCUUGAUCUACCGAGGAAAGUGCGCACCUCUAACCAUAAUACUAAAUUAUGUCCUCUAAUACUCUACACGUUCUUCCAUACCAAGCUUGCAAAAGGUAGAACAAGCAAUUCGGUAGAUGAGGUCGAGGAUGUUGCAUGCUCUUAUAAGAAAAUUGGGUCUAAGUUAUUUAGUUCUGCAGUACAGCAUACGAUUAAAGAAGUUGCACGAAAGAGGAGGAAUCUGUCUGAAACCUUUCUCGUCUCCGAAGGUUCUUCGCUAUUCGGAUAAAACGGGGAUAUGAAUUCCAGAUAUCGCGGCGUAUCAACAACUGCUUUGUCUGGUAUCAAAGACGGCUUUAAAUAUGAGAAAAGAUAUGGUCUAUGGUAGAUGUACCAGCUGUAAAGCCACACUGAUAUGGUCCAAUUAGUUCACUGAUGGUAGGCUUUAGCCUGCUGGGCGUUGAUCACUAGGCCUGCGUGGUUGUCCUUACCGAAAUUCGCAAUCGCCUUAAAACCUUAUGUAAAUCGCCAAACUUUUCGAUAUUCUUUUCGAGAAUUUUUCAUCUUGGCAAGCAUUACGCGCUCACGCUUUUCGGCCGCUCUCCUCUUAUUGCAGAAAAUAGGUCUCGCUUCCCUGUUCAGAACCCUUUAACGAGUCCACAUAAUUCGUGUUGCGCCCGUUUGCAGCGUUGGUGUUGGCAUCUUUUUUCCUUGAAACAAGAUGCUAAUCGUCGUCGUCGUAGUGGUUCUUAUGCAAAUUGAUGUUAUUAUGUAAAUCAUUAGUCACCGAAGUUUUGAUCGUUGUACGAAUGCCUUUAUUCAAAUAUAAUUUCCAUUUUUUUUUUAAGUAUACUUUGUUAACUAAAAUUCGAAUAAUGAUCUUCUUGCAGUUUCCUUGUUUCAUUCCUCGUCGAUGCGCGUGGCGGUGCUAUGCGUGGUUGCCGCCACAGUGGUGUACGCAUGAUUAUACCAUCGCGUUCCACUUGUCAACCGACUCGUGUCACAUGUCGAUAUGUUAAACCACAACGCACUAUGCAUCCACCACAGCUAAUGGAGGGUGAAGCUUUGGCUAGCCGUGUGUUGGAACUUGGGCCAGUCUCGACCAAAUUUAUUGGCCCCGUCAUCAUGGAGGUGCCACAUUUCGCUUCAUUGCGCGGCAAAGAGCGUGAAAUUAUCAUAUUGCGCUCGGAUAAUGGAGAAACCUGGCGAGAGCAUGCAAUUGAUAAUUCGGAAGAAAUCAUACACGAUGUAAUGCAACAAUGUUUCGAACCCGAAGAAAUUGCACAACUUGAGGAGCAAGCUGGAAAUCAUGUUUGCCGUUUUGUUACCUAUGAUUUUCCACAAUACUUUGCUGUAGUCUCGCGUAUACGCCAAGAGGUGCACGCCAUCGGACCAGAGGGUGGCAUGGUAUCCAGCACUGUGGUGCCACAAGUGCAGGCCGUUUUCCCGCAAGGUGCACUCACCAAAAAGAUCAAAGUUGGCUUGCAGGUAAAUCUCUUUAAACCGCGCAAAGGUGUUGCACCAGAAAAGUUACGUAAAAUCAGCGUCAAUCAUGUACCAAAGAAGAAGCGCUUCUCACUUAUUUGGUAAAUUAAGAAAAUGCCUAAAUGAGACGCAUACAAAAAUAGAGAACAAGAUCAAAUAAUUAAGUAUCUACUAGCACUAAAUAGUAAACGAUUGAUCUAUGCAUAUUUGAAAGGAAAUAUCAAUAACAAUAACUUAUUUAUCAAAAUAUUUACCUAAGUAGAUAUAACAGAGAGGCGUUUGUAUGCCAAUAAAAAGCCAAAAAAAAAAAACAAAAAAAGGAAAAUCAACCAAUUUGCAUUUAUAAAAAGAAAAACUAACAUUAUUGCAUUAUGAAGCCAAACAUAAAUUUUUUUCGAGCCACUUAAAAGUAGCAUAAAUGGAACACAGCAGUGUGAAAAAGUAAUUCGAAGUACAGGAAAUACCAGAAUAUAAAAACUUUGGUCUACAACUCUUAAUUAAUAUCGAUUAAAAUGAAAACAUAUGGCUUCAUACUAAUUCUUUCUGUAU